AUGUCACAAGAUAUGAAGUCAGCUUCUAUGGAUCUUAAUUCAUCUCGUUCCUGGUGUCGGAGGGAGAACGACGUUAAGAUAGAGCUCGGCUUCAACGUGCCUCUGGGUGCGAUGUCCGCACACCCUGUAUUUCAUUCCGCUUGGGAUAUCGGAUGUCCUAGUUCUGGAUUUCACCAAAUGGCCAGAAUGAUGGAUCGUAUGAUGUCUGAAAGCCUUCAACCGUUUGGAUUCGCAAGAUUCACAACACACCGGAGUGGAGAUGACAACGAUAAUUCUAUACCUAGAGACGGAUUACGGACUGAAAAGAGUGAUAAUCGCAGAGAACGGGCAAGGAACCCUCAAACUCACGCUGGUAAUGGUACUAGACACCCGCCGACUCAAGUAGUAAAACCAACACCGAUCAACUCGUUUCAAGACAAUUCAUCUGAUCAGUCGAAACCAACAGACCCGACUACAGAGAAAUGGGCUGGAACAUUAAGAAGACGCGACCCUGACAUACAGCCAACUUUACCAUCAAUCAUUCGUAAAGCCUCUUCCACACAUUCGUCUAUCAGUAGUGGAAGAAAAACCAGAUCUGUAGAUAGAGUACCAAGAACAAGAAGGCAGUUAGUGCCGAUUAAACCAACCGUAAGACAGCGAGAUGUGCCUGCUGAAGGAGACGUUACUAUGUUAGAGAAAGAUGAAAAACUUUUUAACGCAACAGGUUAUGAAGUGCAUCUAGUUGAAACGUUGGAAAGAGAUAUUUUACAAAGGAAUCCAGAUGUUCGCUGGAAGGACGUGAUCGGUUUAGACGAUGCGAAGUCUGUGCUACAAGAAGCAAUGGUACUGCCGCUAGUAAUGCCUGACUAUUUUAAAGGUAUUCGACGUCCAUGGAAAGGAGUUCUCUUGACUGGGCCUCCCGGAACUGGUAAGACACUGCUAGCAAGAGCGGUGGCAACUGAGUGCAGGACCACAUUCUUUAAUGUCUCCUCCGCAACUCUUACUUCCAAAUAUCGCGGUGAUUCAGAAAAACUUGUCAGGCUUCUCUUUGAUAUGGCCGCGUUCUACGCUCCUAGUACAAUAUUCCUAGAUGAAGUUGAUUCUCUUUGCGCCGUUCGUGGAGCUGAUUCAGAGCAUGAGGCGUCCCGACGUUUUAAAGCUGAACUACUUAUACAAAUGGAUGGUUUAGCAGCCGCUUUCAAUCAAGAUAAAGUCAUAAUGGUGUUGGCUGCCACCAAUCAUCCAUGGGACAUCGAUGAGGCGUUCCGAAGAAGAUUUGAGAAGAGAAUAUAUGUUGGUCUGCCAGAUGAGCCAACGAGGGUCAAAUUACUAAACCUCUGUCUCCGUGAAGUCGUGUUAGGAGAUGAUGUUGACUUAAAAGAUCUGUCGACGAAGCUGGAAGGAUAUAGUGGAUCUGAUAUUAAUAAUCUAUGCAGGGAUGCAGCAAUGAUGACAAUGCGUCAUAAAGUAGCAGGGAAAAGUCCGGAACAAAUUCGUCGCUUGAAACGUUCUGAACUCGAAGCACCUGUCACCAAAGCCGAUCUCAUAGCAGCCAUGGACAAAACGCGACGCACAGUCACACAAGCUGAUGUAGCGCGUUACAGCAACUGGAUACAAAAACAUGGCUGUUCCUAG